CGCAACGCCAUCCCCGCUCUUAGCCUCGCGCAACAAAUCCCCACCAUGCCCGCCGCAGCGGCCACCACACGCCACAUCCUCCGGCAGCAUGACACGCACCUUCUCCCGUUUCUGGCGUUGCUCUUCCUGCUCAACUCCUUAGACCGCAGCAACAUUGGCAACGCGGAGACGGGGGGGUUCACGCGGUACGCGGGGCUCUCGCCGUCGGACCUCAACGAUGCCGUGACCGCGUUCUUCAUCGCGUUCGUAUCGCUGCAGCCGCUCGGCGCCGCGCUCGGCAAGCGCGUUGGCGUCGGCCGCUGGGUCGGCAGCGUCAUGAUCGGCUGGGGCGUACUGACGCUGCUCACCGCGUUUGUGAGCACGCGUGCACAGCUCAUCACACUCAGGGUUUGUAUUGGCGCGCUGGAGGCCGGGUUUUAUCCUGCGACGGUCUUCUAUCUGGGGCUGUUCUAUACGAGGUUUGAGUUCGCCCAGAGGCUGGGGCUGUUCUAUGGACAGUAUGCGGUCGCCGGCGCGUUCGGGGGGCUGCUCAGUUAUGUCGUGUUUUCGAUCUUUCCCACCGAGGAGGGUGGGGACGGGGGUGCUGGCGGGGAGGGGGAGGGAAGGGGGUGGCAUAGCUACCAGGUGCUGUUUGUACUCGAGGGGGUGUUUACCGCGCUCGUGGCCGUGAUAACGCUGCUAUGGCUGCCGACUGGGCCUGGGACGGCGUGGUGGCUAUCGCCGGAGGAGCGGGCGAUCGCGCAGAAGCGGGUGCUCGCGGACCGGGUCCUGGGGCGCUCACCGACAGCUCUCCACCACCGCUCGAUCUCGCGCCCGUCGUCGGCUGCAGCCGCGACGUCGCACCCGCUGCUCGCGAAACCGUCCCGAAGGAGCUCUACUACCGACGCCGGCGCCGCAGGGAGCGAGCCCUCCCUCUCCCGCACCGACGUCUUCGCCGCGUUCACGGACGCAAAGAUCUGGGCGCUGUUAUGCCUCAACAUCCUGUCUGCGCUGCCAGCGACCGCAUUCAGCAUCUUCCUGCCGCUGAUCCUGCAAGGGCUGGGGCACACUCCACUCGCAUCCAACGCGCUGUCCAUCCCGCCCUUCCUCCUCGGCGCGACCACGCUCUGGAUAGUAACCUACUUCUCGGACCUAACCCACCAGCGCAUCCCGUUCAUCCUUUUCGGCCUGUCCCUAAACCUGCUCGGCCUCCUCCUCGCGCUCCUCCUCCCACCAGCCUACCUCACAGCCCGCUACCUGGCACUGUGCAUCCUCCUGGCCGGCAGCUUCAUCGCCUCGCCCCUAACCGUCGCCUGGAUCUCGGGGAACAUCCGCGCGCCCGGGAAGCGCGCCAUCGCGCUCGGCAUCAAUGGCUGGGGAAACCUGGCUGGCGUUGUCGCCGGACAGCUGUUUGCGCCACAGUAUGCCCCACAGUAUACUAGACCACUCGCGGUCACCGCCGCGUGUGUUACGGUCAGUAUCCUGGGUUACAUGGCGUUCUGGGGCAUGCUGGUGAGGGAGAAUAGGAGGCGCGCGGGGGCGGAGGGGAGGCGUAGGGGAGGGAAACGGGGCGAGAGGGGUGAGAGGGAUGAGAGGGCGGGGUGGUUGAGGAGUAGGCUGUGGACGUGGACGGGCGGGAAGGGCGCUUUUACGCUCGCUGGCGAGGAGAGGUCGGAUGCGGUUUAUGGUUGUUAGUAAUUUGUACUCGCUCUAGCGGGUGGCGUUUGGACUGUUGAUCUGUUUCUUAUAUCUAUGGGAGAUCUUGUUUUUGAGGCUGUUGUUUUUGGAGAUCUGGUCGGUGCGGGAUUAUUAUGUCAUCUACGGUAGGAUGUAGGUACUCUAUCGAUAUCAGACUUUAUUUUGAAGACGGACGAGACGAGACGAGAUGGGACUCGGAAUCUCACUACCUGGUGCUCCACUCUAAAUCUGUAGAUACGGCAGUGUGUACCGAGAAGGC